AUGUCGCAUACGUACGAUGUCGGCACCAAGGCAUGGCAGCCGGACGCGACCGAGGGCUGGGUCGCCUCGGAGGUCAAGCAGAAGCAGGUCGACGGGGACAAGGUGAAGCUCGUCUUCACCCUGGAGAAUGGAGAGGAGAAAGUGGUCGAGACGACCCUCGACGAGCUCUCGAAAGAUGCCAUGAGCUCCACCUUACCGCCUUUAAUGAACCCGGCCAUGCUCGAGGCCAGCGACGACUUAACGAACCUUUCACACCUGAACGAGCCUGCCGUGCUGCAGGCCAUCAAGCUACGAUAUGCCCAGAAGGAAAUCUACACAUAUUCCGGAAUCGUCCUUAUUGCUACCAACCCCUUUGCGCGUGUCGACUCGCUCUACGUCCCUGGCAUGGUCCAGGUCUACGCUGGCAAAUCAAGAGCAUCGCAAGCGCCCCAUCUCUUCGCCAUCGCCGAGGAGUCCUUCGCCGACAUGCUGCGCAACGACAAGAACCAGACCAUCGUCGUGUCGGGAGAGUCGGGUGCAGGUAAGACGGUGAGCGCAAAGUACAUCAUGCGCUACUUUGCAACGCGAGAGCCACCCGAUCAACCUGGCACACGGAGUCGUGGUCGCGCAGAUACCAUGAGCGAGACGGAAGAGCAGAUUCUGGCUACCAACCCGAUCAUGGAAGCAUUUGGUAACGCCAAAACGACGCGAAACGACAACUCCUCCCGUUUCGGCAAGUACAUCGAGAUCAUGUUCAACAAGCAGACCGACAUCAUUGGCGCACGGAUACGAACAUACCUGCUCGAGCGGUCAAGGUUGGUCUUUCAACCGCUUAAGGAGCGGAAUUACCACAUCUUCUACCAACUCGUAGCUGGCGCAUCAGAUGCAGAACGAGAAGAGCUUGGGCUGAUCCCUGUGGAACACUUCGAAUACCUCAACCAGGGAGGUGCACCACAGAUCGACGGCGUGGACGAUGCGAAAGACUUCAACGAUACUCGAUCUUCGCUCACCCGUCUCGGCGUGUCGAAAGAGGUGCAAGCUUCUCUGUGGAAGAUUCUGGCUGCUUUGCUGCACAUUGGCAAUAUUAAGAUUACUGCCACGAGGACAGACUCGCAGCUGGAUGCCAACGAGACAUCGCUUGCGAAAGCUUGCGAGCUUCUAGGCAUCGAUGCUGCCGAGUUCGCCAAGUGGACGGUGAAGAAGCAGCUCGUGACACGAGGGGAGAAGAUCAUGUCGAAUCUCACAGCGCAGCAAGCCACUGUUGUGAGAGACUCCGUCGCCAAGUACAUCUAUUCCUCGCUGUUCGACUGGCUGGUGGAAACCAUGAAUGGCUUCUUGGCACCGGACAAGGUUAUUGAGAAGAUGCACUCCUUCAUUGGUGUUCUGGACAUCUACGGUUUCGAGCACUUUGCCAAAAACAGCUUCGAGCAGUUCUGUAUCAACUACGCCAACGAGAAGCUGCAGCAAGAGUUCAACCAGCACGUCUUCAAGCUUGAACAAGAGGAGUACCUUCGCGAGCAAAUCGACUGGAAGUUCAUCGACUUCAGCGACAAUCAGCCUUGUAUUGACCUCAUCGAAGGCAAGCUAGGUAUCCUCGCUCUCCUUGACGAAGAGAGUAGAUUGCCAAUGGGAUCUGAUGAGAGCUUCGUCAACAAGCUCCACCACAAUUUCUCGCAAGACAAGCACGCUUUCUACAAGAAGCCACGAUUCGGCAAGAGUGCUUUCACAGUGUGCCAUUACGCGAUCGACGUCACGUACGAAAGCGAUGGCUUCAUCGAGAAGAACAGAGAUACUGUACCCGACGAACAGCUCGAAGUGCUGCGCAGUAGCAAGAACGAUUUCUUGGCCGAGGUCCUGGAGUCCAGUGCCGUUGUGCGGGAACGAGACAAUGCGGCAGUCAACCCGAAAGCGAACGGUGCACCGGGAGCGAGAAAGGGCGUGGCUGCCACCAGGAAGCCAACACUCGGCGGCAUCUUCAAGAGCUCUCUGAUCCAGUUGAUGGACACCAUCAGCUCGACCGAAGUGCAUUACAUUCGUUGCUUGAAGCCUAACGAGAGUAAGGAGGCCUGGAAGUUCGAAGGCCCGAUGGUGCUGAGCCAGCUGAGAGCUUGUGGUGUCCUGGAAACGGUCAGAAUCAGCUGUGCUGGUUAUCCGACGAGAUGGACCUACGAGGAGUUCGCGCUGCGCUACUACAUGCUGAUACACUCGACCAAAUGGACGACCGAAAUCAAGGACAUGGCGAAUGCCAUCUUGCAGAAGGCGCUUGGCGAAAGCAAACACGAUCGAUCUGACAAGUACCAACUUGGUCUGACCAAGAUCUUCUUCCGUGCCGGUAUGUUGGCCUUCUUGGAGAACCUGCGCACGACGCGUCUCACAGAUGCCGCGAUUAUGAUUCAAAAGAAUCUUCGCGCCAAGUACUAUCGUCGCCGCUACCUCGAGGCCAUCAACAACAUUCGAACCUUUCAGGCCCGAGCGAGGGCAGUCAUGGCUCGGCAGAGAGCAAACGAAGCUCGGCGCCAAAAGGGCGCUACGACCAUCCAGCGCGUUUGGAGAGGCCAGAAGGAGCGGAAAAGGUACCUACAGUUCCGAAACGAUCUCGUCCGCUUUGAAGCGUCGGCAAAGGGGUGGCUGUGCCGAAAGAUGAUCUUGGACAAGAAGUUCUCCGAUGCUGCUCGUAUCAUUCAGCGAAACUGGCGAAGCUACCAACAGCUCAAGAAUUGGCGAGAUUACCGGAGAAAGGUCACUCUCGCGCAAAGCUUGUGGCGUGGCAAGUCUGCCAGGAAAGAGUACAAGACGCUCAGGGAGGAAGCCAGAGAUCUUAAGCAGAUCUCAUACAAGCUGGAGAACAAGGUCGUCGAGCUCACACAAGCUCUUGGGUCUACGCGCAAGGAGAACAAGACCCUCAAGUCGCAACUUGAUGGCUACGAGAACCAGCUCAAGAGUUCCAGAGAGAAGUACAACCAUCUCGAAGCUCGUACAAAUGAGCUUCAGAGAGAAGCCAACCAGGCUGGUGUAUACUCGGCGAGACUCGAGCAGAUGGAAGCGGAGAUGUCUCGCCUGCAGUCCAGCUUCGAAGAAAGCACUUCGAACCUGCGUCGCCUGCAAGAUGAGGAGAAGACUCUCAGAGAGAAUCUGCGCGUCACCGCCCAGGAACUCGAGACCACCAGGCAAUCGAAGACGGCGAGUGAGACCGAGAAGCUAGGCCUACGACAACAGCUUGCAGAUCUUCAAGAUCAGCUCGAAUUGGCGAAGAGAGCCGUGCCGGUCAGCAAUGGAGAGAUUCCCAAUGGUGGCGCCGUUGGCGGAGCGGCGAGUGGUCUCAUCAACCUUGUCGCAUCGAAGAAGCCGAAGAGGAGAAGCGCUGGGCCAGAGCAGAUCCAGACUGAGAGAUUUAGCGGCGCUUUCAAUCCGAGACCGGUCUCAAUGGCAUUUGGUGCGACGGCUGGUGGGCACACGCAAAACCUAUCUGGCUCCACGUUCAAUCCUGGGCUGGAGAACGUGGAGAUGGAGCUGGAGAACCUGCUUGCAGACGAGGAUGGUCUUAACGACGAGGUUACCAUGGGCCUGAUCCGCAACCUGAAGAUCCCAGCGCCCGGCAGUAACCCACCGCCUACCGAUAAGGAAGUCCUCUUCCCUGCAUACCUCAUCAACUUGGUCACCAGCGAGAUGUGGAACAAUGGCUUCGUCAAGGAGUCGGAACGAUUCCUGGCAAAUGUGAUGCAGUCGAUACAACAAGAGGUUAUGCGACAUGAUGGUGAUGAAGCGGUCAACCCAGGCGCCUUCUGGCUGUCCAACGUGCACGAGAUGCUCUCUUUUGUGUUCCUGGCCGAAGACUGGUACGAAGCACAAAAGACCGACAACUUUGAGUACGACCGCCUGCUUGAGAUCGUCAAGCACGACCUCGAAAGCUUGGAGUUCAACAUCUACCACACAUGGAUGAAGGUGCUGAAGAAGAAGCUGCACAAGAUGAUCGUUCCCGCGAUCAUCGAGUCGCAAUCUCUUCCAGGCUUCGUCACCAACGAGAGCAACCGCUUCCUCGGCAAGUUGCUACAAUCCUCCAAUCAACCCGCAUACAGCAUGGACAACUUGCUCAGCCUACUAAACAAUGUUUUCAAGGCCAUGAAGGCAUUCUACCUCGAAGACACAAUCGUUACCCAGACAGUCACAGAACUGCUGAGACUGGUCGGUGUGACUGCGUUCAACGACUUGCUCAUGAGGAGAAAUUUCCUGUCUUGGAAGCGAGGCCUGCAGAUCAACUACAACAUCACCAGGAUUGAAGAAUGGUGUAAGAGCCACGACAUGCCUGAAGGUACACUGCAGCUUGAGCACUUGAUGCAAGCGACGAAGCUUUUGCAGCUGAAAAAAGCGACACUGAAUGACAUUGAGAUCAUUCAGGAUAUUUGCUGGAUGCUGUCUCCGAACCAGAUUCAGAAGCUUCUCAACCAAUACCUCGUUGCCGACUACGAGCAACCGAUCAAUGGCGAGAUCAUGAAAGCCGUCGCAUCACGAGUCACAGAUCCAAAGUCCGACGUCUUGCUACUGCAGGCGGUAGACAUGGAGGACUCUGGACCAUACGAGAUUGCGGAACCUCGCGUUAUCACAGCUCUGGAAACAUACACACCCAGUUGGCUGCAGACGCCGAGACUGAAGCGACUGGCCGAGAUCGUGUCUGCGCAAGCAGUGAUGCAGCAGCAAAUAGAAGCCAAUGGCAUGGGGAAGAUUACUGAAGACGACCAGCUCGACCUCCAUGAAGGCCAAUGGCCGGUAGCCAACGGACAUGGCAUGAACGGCAACGGGAAUGGACUCGGCCUGCAUUACGAUGACGGCGAGUACUCACCGCGAGCAUAG